CGGUGCACCACCUUGAAACCGUUGGGGAGCUGGAAUGGAGCCUUGCCGGCCGGGCACUAAACGCCCACGCCCAAAGCACAAGGAUUACUGCAGCUAAACAUCAUAUCACACACACACCUCGCCUGGCCGCCCAUCGAAUGUGAUUCCAUCGUGGUCGAGGCCGCGCGGGGUUUCGGUUCCAUCAGGGCGACGACGCCCGGAAACGCGGGCCUGCAAUGUAGCUGCAUGCAUCGCCGCUCAUGCGUGACCACACCCAUUCGAAAUUGAGGCCCGACAAUGCAUGCCGCGGAGAGCGACAGCAGCACGCCACCAAUAGGUACCUGCCCCUAGAAUAGUGUCGGCUCGAAGACGGGAUCAUCAAUAUGGCAGCAGCGGUGCACCCAGACCUUCCCCAUGUCGAAGAUCUUCGGGGCUACCGCCCAGGAGGCUUCCACCCCAUCCACAUUGGGGACCGCCUGUCCAAGUACACCGUCGUGAACAAGCUCGGCCAUGGAGACACUAGCACGGUCUGGCUCGCCCGGCGCGACGGCGAGGAUGCCCGCUGCGUGGCCGUCGCCGUGCACAUGGCCGACAUAUCCCGCGGCACCGAGACGCGCGCCAUGACGAGAUGGUGGCGCCUCAAAGACGGCGACCCGGGGCAUCAAGGGAGGGCCAACGUGCUCCUCCCCGAGGACCACUUUGACCACGCCGGCCCCAACGGCACGCACUUUUGCAUAGUCUUCCCCGUCGAGGGUCAGACGGUUUCCGCCGCCACCAAGCGGGGUGACGCUGGGAGCCGCCCGCUCCCGUCCCCUCUGGCAAAGCGGGUGCUCCGCGACAUGGUCCGGGGCCUCCAGUACUCGCACUCGAUGGGUCUUGCGCAUGGCGAUCUCCACCCUGCCAAUGUUCUCCUCGGCCUUCCCGACACAUUGCCGCCCACCAUUGCCAAGAUGACGGAGUUCUCGGGCCCGCCCAAGACGGUCGACCUUGGGUCAGGCAACCCCUCGGCGCCCAAGUACGCGGUCCAGGGCAUAUUCGCCCGGGACAUGGACCCGGGCUUCUUCUCAGGCCCCGCAAAGAUUGGCGACUUUAGCGACUCCUUCUUCCCCCAGGAUCCGCCAGCGCGGACCGCUUGGUGCGGGCCCUACGUCGCUCCCGAGUUCAACAGCCCAGGCCGCAUCUCGACCGCCAUAGACAUGUGGAUGCUAGGCUGCGGCUUCUUUGAGGCCCUUACCGGCCGAGACCUCUUUGGGAUCAAGGACGACCCGGCCUACCGCGUCGUCAACGCCAUAAUGCAGACGCUUGGGCCGCCGCCCGAGUCCCUCCUGGAGGACUGGCGGGCCUACCUGGGCGACGAGCGGGACAAGCUCAUCGUGCCGUCGGGGCCUCCCUCCGGUGGCCUGGAGCGGCUGGUCAGGGACAGCAUAGGCCUCAGCUACGGUACAGGUGCCGUCUCGGAAGAGGAGCUUGGUGUCAUUGUGUCUCUGUUGGAUUCUCUCCUGGUUUAUGAGCCCAAAGAUCGGCCCACCAUAGAGGAGGUUGCAGAGCACAAAGUGAUGUCAUUUCUAGAGGCGGCCAAUUAGAGUCUAUUGUAGGAAGUAUGGGGAGUAAAGGGAUUGGGGCCGAGGGACCGUAAAGCAGAACCCAGGUUGGAAAGCGACCGCGGGAGGACAAACCCGAUACUCCACGCUGUUUUUUUUAGUCCCCUAUCCAUUUCUGCUUGGCAGCCUCAGCUGCCGGUUCGGGGCCAGCGGCCCGACGUGAC